AAUCUCGCCGGCUGGGAAGGAGGGCGCUUAACGCAACUUGGUGGGAGAAAGGAACGGAGCUCUCGAGCGCGAUCGCUCGCUCACUCGCUCGCUCUCCCGCUGGGUAGCGGCUUCUGUCACAUUUCUUGGGCUUUCUUGAUCUCCUCCGUGGCCAAGGCAUUGUUGGGUUUUACCGGAGAGGAAGGAAAAGACUAAGGGCACCUCAAUGAAGGAAAGAAGAGCGAGCCAGAAAUUAUCCAGCAAAUCGAUCAUGGAUCCUAAUCAGAACGUAAAGUGCAAAAUAGUCGUCGUGGGGGACACCCAGUGUGGGAAAACGGCUUUGCUUCAUGUCUUCGCCAAAGACUGCUUCCCCGAGAACUAUGUCCCCACUGUGUUUGAAAAUUACACUGCCAGUUUUGAAAUUGACACACAAAGGAUAGAACUCAGCCUCUGGGACACUUCUGGGUCUCCUUACUACGAUAACGUCCGCCCACUUUCCUACCCAGAUUCUGAUGCUGUCUUAAUUUGUUUUGAUGUUAGCCGUCCAGAAACACUUGACAGUGUACUGAAAAAGUGGAAAGGUGAAAUCCAGGAAUUCUGUCCAAACACCAAAAUGCUUCUGGUUGGCUGCAAGUCUGACCUCCGCACAGAUGUUAGUACAUUAGUAGAGCUGUCCAAUCACAGGCAGACACCAGUGUCAUAUGAUCAGGGUGCCAACAUGGCCAAGCAGAUUGGAGCAGCCACUUACAUUGAAUGCUCAGCCUUGCAGUCGGAAAACAGUGUAAGAGACAUUUUUCACGUUGCUACCUUGGCAUGCGUGAACAAAACAAAUAAAAAUGUUAAGCGGAACAAGUCACAGAGGGCAACAAAACGAAUUUCACACAUGCCUGGCAGGCCGGAACUCUCUACAGUCACUACAGAUCUGCGAAAGGACAAAGCUAAGAGCUGUACAGUGAUGUGAAGGGGCAUGUUUUUGUAAUGGAGAUGCAAAGGACAUUGUCAUUGGGUGUGGUGGCAAAGACUUGGCAAGAAGUGCCCAGUGGAAAUGGUUCGGGCACAGAUCUGUGCUUAAAGGCCGUGGUUCACUUUUUGUAUGCAAGAAACUAUACUUGGGAGUGGACAUUUAGAGGACGCCUUGGAAAGAGAUGGAUGCUGAAAAGACGUCAAUGUUGCUUGGUUGAAAUACCAGAUACAAAGGAAACUAUUUGAAUGUGCAAAGGCAAUGAAAAGAAUGGCAACACCUGAAGAAAACAAUGUCCUGGCGUAUGCUUAAUUUUUAGAUCUGUUUUGAAUACCUACUUUUGAUUUUUGAUUACAUGUUAAUAUGUUGCUUUCAAAAAAAAUUGAAAAUAUUCCUACUCUUUCUUCACUGUGGAGCUUGCCCAUGCCAUAGUUUGGUUUUCCCCAAAAAAUAUAGUUGCUUAUUUCCUUCUAGUUCAUCCUUUUAAAAAAAUAGGAAAUGUAUUUUGGGUCAUCAAGAGGAAGCCCCAGCUUUAAAACACUCAUUUCUACAAUGAACAGAGAAAGAAAGGCAGGUAUGAAAAUCACCUUUAGAAGGCAAAGGGAUUAAAAGAUUAUCUGUUCUCAAGUACAGAAUUCUCCUCUUCAGUGAAGUAAUGAAUGCAAAAUUUUGGCAGUGGUUUCACAGCUACAUUUUGAUGCCUUUGAUAAGGACAUGUUUUUAGUACAGCAUGGAUGCCAUGGGUUGAGUUCCAAAGCCUGAUGAAUGGUGCUAAGAGUUAGUUAUGAAAGGCCCUUAAUUAGAAAGGAGUUUUAGUCUUAUCGCCCUUGUGAUUGGCUCCUUUAGUAUGAAGGAGGCAAACCUCGGCACUGUGUAAGGGAAUAAGUGCUGUUCUGCUAAUACAACUUUUCUACAAUUCUGUACUGGGGAUGGGGUGUUGAUUUGUGUUUAAAGCAAGCACAUGAGCCAAUGUACCUAAUUACCUCCCAUUAUGAUGCUUCUUGAAAACAGCUGCAAUUUGGGUGACCAUCUCUUAUUACACCUUUCUGUUUACAUGUAAUGAGAAUAUGGGAAGGAGAGGGUCUGAAGAACAGGGGGGGCCUUUAAGGGGUCCCAAGUGGAAACUGGAUAUUGCUUUAAUCCGGAAGGUCUAAUGCAGGCAUAUUCAGUGAUCAUUAAGCAUUUCUUGUGUGACCCAGAUUCUGUCAAAUUCUUUUUCACUGACUGAUGACUAUUGUUACAUCUACUAAGCCAAUCCUGGAAAAUAGUUUGCAGAUGUUAUGCUUUAGAGGACACAGUAGAUGAUACAGCUAGUGCAGCUCUCUGCAGCUUGUUGAAAUGCAAGCAUUUUCUCUCUCUCUCUUUUUUUGCCAAAGCUUCAGUUUUGUUUUGUUUUUUGAAGUGCUAUUUCCACAAUUUCCAGAUAACGUUGCCACCAUAAUAUGCUUUUGAUUGAUGCGAUGGUAUGCUUAAGGCAGUAUUAAAAAAAAAAAGCAGGCAAGUGCUUUCUGUAUUUAAAUAUUGUAAAAAGGAAAAAAAAGUUAGCUGUUUCAACAGAACAGCAAUCACUUUUUAACAAAUGUCGGUCACUUUGUAUGUUUGGGUAUUGUUUCUGCAGUAUUUAUUUUUUUCUU